UUUCCAACUCAGUUGUCCGCAGUUGCUCAAGUCGGUGGUGCAUGUAUCGGUUUGUAUCGGCGUGCGCUCGCGAAUCGCGCGCGUCGGUCGACUUAACGACGACAACGACAACGCGCGACGUUGCGCAGUAGUCGGCGAGCGCGAGAAACGUGUGCGCGCACUGCGACGUUCGCUCCACGCCGCGCGCUCUCCGAGCUCUUCGGAGCAGCCGAGCUGUCGCGACGAACGGCUGAAUCGCGACAAAUUGAUCCCGCGCGCUGUAUAUUUCAGUUCCUUCGCACGAAGGCCGUAUUAAUCAUCGCGUCGCAACGGUGUCGCCGUGUGCCAUUGGCCGCGAGACCAACAUCGAGCUGAAGAAGAACGCCCGGAUUGACCUGUUCCGGGCAUUUCUUUGCCGGAGCACACUUACCGCGGCUACUUAGCAUAAGGCGCGUGCGGUGGACAUCCGGGAAGUGACCCGAAGACCCGGCAAUCGGUCUCAAUCGAAUCAACGUAUCUCGACUCCGCUUUUUUUUCCCCUCGAGGUGCACAUGAGUCAACAAGGGGGCAAGAUGGGCCGAGUUCUCAUUGACGAAGAGACGGGCGAGGAUCUGAUCCACCCGCUGAUCGACACUUGCAACCAUCAGGUCGACUCGACGACGACGGUGAACAAUGCGGAGACCGGGGAACCGGAAGUCAGCCUCGUCGAGCAGAGCUCGGCGGUCAGAGGUCAUCUCAGAAGAGUGCCGUUUCAGAUACCGAAAGAGGUGAAGAAAAGCUUGUCGGAGAAGAAUUCGUCGAGGAAACGCCACCUGAUGGAACAGGAACCGGUGCCGGCCGGCGCCUCGUUUGGCCAGAUCAAUCCCAUCUGCCUUUUCUUACCGGCCAUCAUCUACUUCCGCUGGUUCCUCGCACUGUUAAUGCUCUUCGAGGUCGUUCUGCACGUAUGGGCGCACCACAAGAACAAGGCCCUGAAGAAUGCCAGCGUGUACUUUCGCUCGCCGUUUCACGAUAUCUCCGCCGAGUUCUGCGCUCUCUGUCAAAGCGAGACCUGCAUGAACCGCGUCGGUAAGAUGCAUCAGAUCCGAAUGCACAAGUUCCUGCGACAGUGCAACUACAUGAAGAGGGUGGUGACAUGAGAAUUCGUGCGAAUUCGGGCUCGACUCUCAAUGGUAAUUGAUGAUCAGCAUCUGCAAUGGUCGACCCGCGAACGGCCCGUGAAUUUGUUGCAACUGUUCUAUGUUUGUUUCUUAAUACGGUGAUAAUUCUUGACGAAUAACCAAUCUAAUAUUUUGUUAAGUUUUGUAUCUACUUGUUCUUCUUCUUAAAAGGUGACUCUUUUGCGCAAAGUUUAUUCAAAGUUUAUAUCAGGUAUUAAACAUUUCGUAAUACCACA